AGAAAUGUUCAUACAAAGGGCAGGAAGACAACACAGGAAAUUGUACAUGUGCAGACAAUGUAAGAGACAGUUGGGGCAUACGAGUUACCCAACUGUCUCAGCAAGAUGCAUGCAGCUGUACUGUUUAUAACAGGGAUAUAUACAGCAGUGGGAUUCAACAUAUAUACAACACCAGUGAAAAAUUUUAGUACUGAAGACCCAUUGUUUGGUCAAACCAUUAUUAAAUCAAGUGAUGGAGUUUUUGUUCCUUCUCCUGCCUCUGGAGAUGCUUACACAUGCACAAACCAAGGAUGUUCUAAAAACGUUUCUGGUGGAGGAAAAGGGCUAAGUCCAAUUGCAUCUGUGGCAUCCAGUUUCAAUGGAAAUAAAGAGCAGCUUCUGGUUUGUAACCAAGUCCGGACAAGGAACUCAUCAACUGAGUAUUUUAAUGGAAACUGUACAUGGAUAUUGGACAGGCAAGUCAAGAGUAAUAUCUAUCCUGAGGAGCUGGUUUCACAGAUACUCAAAAAUAAAGCUACCACUACCAACAACAACAACAACAACAACAAUAAAUAUCAGGACAGUCCUCAUCAAGACUCCUGGAGGAAGAGAAGAGCUCUAGAAGAGGAUCCUAACACUGAUACAGAUGACGACGAUGAAGAUGCGGGGACGGAGAUCGCUUUUGUGCUUGAUGGUUCUGGAAGCAUUAAUAAGGAGGAUUUUAUAAUAGCCAAAGACUUCAUUUAUAAUGUAACGCAAAAUGUUUGGGAAACAUGUUUCAGUUGCAACUUUGCAAUAGUGCAGUUUGGGAGAAAUAUAAGGACAGAACUCUCUCUGAAAGAAAAUAAUGACAGUUCCAGAGCGCUGCUUAAGGUGAAGAACAUAACACAGUUAUAUGAAAUCACCAAGACUGCUUCAGCCCUCUACCAUGUUCUAACAGAGGUUUUUGUUCCUGAACAAGGAUCAAAUGAGAAGGCCAAAAAGAUGAUUAUUCUAUUGUCUGAUGGAGAAAUGACAGGAGAUAAUAGAACUCUUUCAGAUGUUUUGAACAUGAAAGAGAUGCAGGGUAUUACUCGCUAUUCUAUAGGGGUGGGGCCAGAUGUACUGGGUAAACCAAAGGCAGAAGAACAAAUGAUAACAAUAGCUGGCAGCAAAGACAGAUACUUCAAUGUUUCCAAUUAUGCAGCCUUAGAAGAAAUUCUUUCUUCUUUAGAAAAAAACAUAAUUGGUAUUGAAGGCCUACAGAAGGGAGCAGGAUUUGAACUUCAGCUUGCAGAGGCUGGUUUUAGCUCUCACAUUACCCAUGAUGAUUCAAUUCUUUUCGGUGCUGUGGGAGCCUAUGACUGGAGUGGAGGAAUCAUUCUGAAACAAAAUAACGAAGAGCCUGUCACAUUUUUUAAUGCAACCAAGGAAGAACCCAGAUAUUCUUAUUUAGGUUACAGUGUGGCAUCCGCAAAUAGAGACUCAAAAACAUUGUAUAUAUCCGGUGCUCCGAGAUAUAACUUGACUGGUGCAGUAUUUAUUUUUAAUGGGAUCAAUCAGGAUUUGCUACAAGGAGAUCAGGUAGGCUCUUAUUUUGGAUCAGUUCUCUGUGCCUUGGACAUUAAUAAUGAUAAGGAAACAGAUUAUCUUCUGGUUGGAGCACCGCUUUUCCAUGUGAAAGGGGAAGAGGGCAAAGUGCUGAUUUACAAACUGAAUGAAGGGAAAUUUGAGAAAGAAGCCACUGAAUUGCGUGGACUUGAAGCAUACAGCUAUGCGAGGUUUGGUUCUGCCGUAGCAGAUAUUGGAGACAUUGAUGGGAAUGGAUUCAGUGACGUGGCAGUGGGAGCGCCUCUUGAAGAAUAUAAUGCAGGGAGUGUCUACAUAUAUAACGGAUUUAAGGAUGGAAUAAAGAAUACAUUUUCACAGAGAAUCACACCCUCGGACGUUGGAUGUAAACUUGAAUACUUUGGGCAGGCAGUGAGUGUCAUGCCUUCUACAAAAGAAGACAAGCAACCACUAAUCUGUGUUGGUAGUAAAGGAGCCAUAAAUUUCUUUCAGACAAUUCCUGUUAUCAUAAUUAAACCAAAAAUCACAAUUAAAGCUUUAAGUAAAGAAAUUAAACAAAUUACCAUUGAUAAGCAGAACAAUGAUGGAUCAAGCAAAUUUGCGGCAAAGCUCAAUAUCUGCUUCAAUUCACCAAAAGGAGACAUUAAGUCUGGUGAACUACCAAUUGAGUACCAGAUUGAUUUGGACUGGGGUAAAGAGCAAAAGCGGCUGGUUUAUGUCAACCCUCAUGAAGGGAGAAGGAGGUUUACCAUGACAGACUCCAUAACCUGCAUUCAAGAGAUAGCUGUGGAAUACGUGGGCUGUUCUGACUGUUUCUCACCAAUCAAGAUUAGGGUCAAUUUUACAUUAACCCCAUCCACUGGAAUACCUAUACGGGUUCUUGAUGUAUAUAAUCCAAAAGAGGCCAUAGAAGAGAUUCAAUUUGAAAAGGACUGCAGUCAAAACUGUAUGGCUGCCAUUUCACUGAAUUCCUUUAAACUCAGCAAAGAUUCUAUAAUAAUUGGAGAAACUCCAGAGAUAACGUUUGAUGGUAAUCUUAAGAACUCUGGGGACAGUUCCUAUAUUACCACUCUGACCCUGAUAUAUCCUGAAGUACUAUCUUUCAAGAAAUCUGAGCACGGAACAUGUGAAAAUAAAAAUGACAAACAUCAAAUAGUGUGUAAACUUUUGCAUCCCAUAUUCAGAAAGAAUGCAGAGACCAGCGUUACUAUCGUUUGGCAGCCUAUGAACAGAAACACAAACAGCACAGCUUUAAUUACUGCUCUCUUAUCUGGUGGAAAUAAUGGCAGUGAGCAACUUGAUUUUAAGACAUAUACUUUCACAGUGAAGAAAGCCCUUAAUGUCCAGCUUGCUGCCACAGCCGAGCCAAAAAGUCUGAAUAUUACAGAGGGGGAUAAAAGCAAAAAACAAAAACUACAUUUUACUUUCAAGCUGCGUGGUGAAAACAAAUAUGGUGCCAAAAUAAAUUUGACAAUAACAAUUGAAAAGGAUGCACAUAAAACUGACAUGAUCAUCGAGAAUGUUGAACCAAAGAACUGCUCAUGGCCUUCAGAUGCAAAAAGUAAGAGCAUCUCCCAGAUUGUGUGUACAGAGUUGACAGAUUUGCAGGAGGUUAACAUUACAGUCCAAACACAUAUCCAUGACAUUGAGGGAUCUGAAAAGAUCAUUGCCACGGCAGAAAUUACAUAUGAUGAGAGCAUCUAUCAUGGAAAAAACAUUAUGAAGACAUACCAAGUGGUCUCACUCAUUAAGUUGACAGUUGUAAAGUCAACUCCACUUAUUGUAGGCAGCGCCAUUGGAGGGUUUCUCCUUUUAAUCGUCAUUAUCAUAAUUCUUUUUAAGUGUGGAUUUUUCCGUCGACGCCGUAAGAUGGAUCGAACUCCGAGUACCAACUAAAGACAUCCACAUCGUUGACCUGAUUAUCACUUAUCAUAAAAAUUAUGUCUUAGACAAGUCUGCAAAUAUUUAGUAUUAUUAUUAUAAAGAUUAUUUUAUUAGCAUUUUUAACACUGUAAAAAUGUUAUUAUUGGGAAUAUAUUAUAUCUUAAGCAC